AUUCUCGGUGUGGGAAUGCGUGCUCGCGGCUCCUUUUUUAAAGAGCUUGCGAAUUUCCUGGAUUGGGAAAAAGUGUUGGAUAAUGACAAGUUUUCUGCUGGUCGCCGCCAUAUUGUGGCUCUUUUGACGUGUUUUUGGUGUGGUUUAGGGCCUCCCGCUAGAGUUCAGGGCGUUGUCGCUGCGUGGAAAGAUCAGGCGACCACAAAAAUGUCAGAGGAGCUGCAAGCUGAUUUUGAGGGUGGUGAUUCUGGUGCCUCCAAUGUGUACCCCGCACAGUGCUCCUCCCUUCGUAAGAAUGGACACGUCGUGAUCAAGGGCCGUGCCUGCAAGAUUGUAGAAAUGUCAACUUCAAAAACUGGCAAACACGGUCACGCUAAGGUACAUCUGAUCGGUAUUGACCUUUUUACUGGUAAGAAAUAUGAAGAUAUCUGUCCUUCAACCCACAACAUGGACGUGCCAGUGGUCAAGCGUGCAGACUACCAGCUGAUUGACAUCUCUGAUGACGGCUACCUUAGUCUUAUGAAGGAUACGGGUGAACUGCGUGAUGAUAUUAGAUUGCCUGAUGGAGACUUAGGCUCUGACAUUAAGAACAAGUUCGAAAAUAAUGAAGACCUUCUGUUGACAGUCCUGGCUGCUAUGGAAGAGGAAAUGGUAGUUGCUACCAAGCCAAAUAUGAAGUAAACUCCUUCCAGAAGUUGCUACCAUCUACACCACUACACCACCUUCACAACCAGCCAUUAGCUCAUUAAAGUAUAUAUUUUUUUCCUAUUAGACCCAUAUAACAGGGUUGAUGGUUGACACCUGUGAUCAUUCUACAAUGGUUUGGUAUGUCAUUCUACAACAAUUUUGUAUUUCGUGGGGAAGGAUAUGGUGUUCUAUCUUACCUACCUUUGCUUUGUCCAUGGCCACCUGUUGUAACUUUGUUUGGCAGUAACUAAUUGGCCUUGGAAGAAGUGGAGAGAAGGAGCCAUAAGCCUCAUCUUUACUCAUAAUUCAUGUCCAACUGGACAUCAUGUUUGUUUGAGUGUUACAGCCACAACCAUCCAAGUUUGUGGUCAUUUUUUUUUUAAUUUGUUGUGGAGGGGCAGCAUAUGUGACACCAAUUCAAACAACCUUGCGGCCCAGUAUAUUGAUCUGUGACCAAAUAAGGAAUAAAUGGUGUAUUGUUUAUAUGGCGUUUGAUUGUUCAAUUGAUCCAAGCUUCAGUGCAGGAGAGCCUUUUCCUUUUUUACAUUAUCAUAGAAUAUGGGCCCAUUACUUGGGUUUAAAGAAAUGCUUUUAUCUAACUUGUUUUUGUACUUCAAUGUGCAUAAUUAAAUAUGCUAAAUAUUAGAAUAAAAAUUUACAACCAUUCCAGUGUUAA